CUGGGCUUUACAUUCUUGUGUUACCCGUCACCCAGCUAACGACAUUUCUGUUAAAUUGCUUGCAAAACAGCGAACUGAAAGCGAGGAGGCGUCUGCUAAUUAUUUCGGUGACUGACGACGGAGGGGCGUGCGUCUUUUUGGGUGAGGGCGUGGAAAUGGCAGUCACUCGGGAUGCGCUGAUGAGUGUUUCCCCAACAGAGACAAGGGGUGGGGGGUGGUGGGGGGGAUUCGGACAGACCUCCAAACCCUUCCUGCGGAUCGCUCGGGUCGUCUUGAGGUGAUCGUUCCUGAGAGGGAAGAAGCAGACAGAAUGGGGCGCGUCUUGACGCACGCUGCGCAACUUCGGCACCGCUUGCUCCCGCUCCGAGGGGAGAUCUUCUUUUUUCGUCUUUCAAAACGUGCCUUUUAGAAAAAAACAAACCAAAAAAAACAAAACAAAACAUAACUAUGAAGACUCAUGGGAUGUAGUAAAUGGAGAGCUGCGUUCAACUUCGGACACCUCAAGGUGCAGUCCAAGCUAUCGGUCUUCUUGACCAUGAUCAUCCUCUUCGUUUACCUCUUUUACUGCCUGAACGGAUUCUGCGAGUACUUGCCCACACCCGUGUAUGAUCGGCAGACUCAUCACAAGGACAAAAAUGUCCAAAACGACGCGCAAGAGACAUCACCAAAGCAAGCCGCUGCGUCCUUUGCACAGGACCGGCUAUCGGACGUUGCGUAUACUACAAUUAAUAAUAACAUCUCCGUAGCGAAUAACUUUGGGAGCAAAAAGUUUCCUCAGGCAAUCAUCAUCGGGGUGAAGAAAGGAGGAACGAGGGCUCUCCUGGAGUUCUUGCGCAUCCAUCCGGACGUGAGGGCAGUCGGAGCCGAGCCUCACUUCUUUGACCGCUUCUACGAUAAAGGGCUGGACUGGUACAGGAAUCUGAUGCCCCGGACACUGGAUGGUCAGAUCACCAUGGAGAAGACACCCAGUUACUUCAUCACAAAGGAAGCCCCUCGCCGUGUUUUUUCCAUGAGUCGCCACACCAAGCUGAUCGUGGUGGUGCGGGACCCCGUGACCCGCGCCGUUUCCGACUACACGCAGACCGUGUCCAAGUCACCGGGCCUCCCGUCCUUCAAGAACUUGGCCUUCCGCAACGCCACCACGGGCCUCAUCGACACGUCUUGGAGCGCGGUGCGGAUCGGGAUCUACGCCAAGCACCUGGAGAACUGGCUGCGCUACUUCCCGCUUUCCAGCUUCCUGUUCGUCAGCGGAGAGCGCCUGGUGACGGACCCCGCGGGAGAGAUGGGUCGCGUCCAGGAUUUCCUGGGACUGAAACGCGUGGUGACAGACAAGCACUUUUACUUCAACCAGACUAAAGGCUUCCCGUGCCUGAAGAAGCCGGAGGGGAGCAGCAGGCCACGCUGCCUGGGGAAGUCAAAGGGCAGGCCCCACCCGCAGAUCCCCUCAGAUGUCCUGCUUCGGCUCAGAGACUUUUACAGACCUUUUAACCUCAAAUUCUAUCAAAUGACGGGUCAGAACUUUGGCUGGGAUGACACAGCUUGACACCAAAGCGUUUGAAAGUUGACCGGAGACAUUCACCAAAGUUGAUAUCGUGCAAAACAGGCCUUGCGAUCGUUUCGGUGGCUUUAGAAAACAAUCAUGCGAAAUAAAUGGUCGCUUUUUUUUUUUUUUUUUU